AUGGGUGUGGGCACACAGAUCAGUCUUUUACUGUGGAAGAACUGGACUCUUCGCAAGCGGCAAAAGAUUCGGUUCCUUGUUGAAAUUUUUUGGCCUGUGGUACUAUUCAUUGGACUGGUGUGGCUGCGGAAGGCUAACCCAUUGUACCGUCAGCAUGAAUGCCAUUUUCCCAACAAAGCAAUGCCCUCUGCUGGAAUUCUGCCCUGGAUCCAGGGGAUUUUCUGCAAUGCCGACAACCCCUGCUUCCAGCACCCCACCCGAGGAGAAUCGACGGGCCUCGUUUCCAACUACAACAACUCUAUACUGGCCCGGUUCUAUGCCGAUGUUCAGGAGCUGCUGUUCGAGGACCCAGAGUUCCAGCAGGUGGGCAAGCUGUGGAAGGAGCUGAUGGUGAUGAGCACCUUCAUGGACACCAUCCAGACCGACCCCUCCCGGAUCACAGGCCGUGGACUGAAAAUAGAAGAUAUACUGAAGGACAAUGAGACGCUCACCUCGUAUCUUUUGACGGAUGUGGGGCUGACCGACCCUGUGGUGUUCCAGCUGGUGAAAGCCAAAGUGCGCCCUGAGCAGUUUGCGUACGGCGUGCCGGACCUGAGGCUGAAGGACAUCGCCUGCAGCCAGGCCCUGCUGCAGCGCUUCAUUGUCUUCCCCAGCACGCGGGGCCUCUUCGCCGUGCGCAACGCCAUGUGCUCCCUCUCCCAGUCUGACCUGCAGGCGAUCGAGGACAAGCUCUACGCCAACGUGGACUUCUUCAAGCUCUUCCGCCUGUUGCCCCAAGUGCUGGACAGCCACUCCUCUGGCAUCGAUUUGGCCUUCUGGGGCCGGGUGCUCUCCAGCGUGUCCGAAAAACUGCGAGAGCUAGCUGAAAGGAGCAGCUCCAAGGACCUGCUGCGGGUUUUUUCCCCCCUCUUUGAGGAAGGGGCGAGUCCUUCCUUCAGCCAGCUAAUGAGCACCGUCUCUGACCUCUUCUGUGGGUACCCUGAGGGUUCCAGAGUGGCCUCCUUCAACUGGUACGAGGAUAACAACUACAAAGCUUUCCUGGGCAUCAACAACACCAAGGGCCAGCGGGGCUAUGUCUACGACAGCACAACCACUCCCUUUUGCAAUGAACUGAUGCAGAACCUGGAGUCUGACCCAGUCACCAAAAUUGUGUGGAAUUCAGUCAAGCCCCUGCUGAUGGGGAAAGUCCUGUAUGCCCCUGACUCCCCUGCAGUGAGACAGAUAUUAAAGAAUGCCAACACCACUUUUGAGGAGCUGGAGAGACUGAGGACCAUGGUUAAGGCCUGGGAAGAGGUAGGCCCUCAGAUCUGGGCCUUCUUCCAGAAGGGCAUUCAGAUGAACAUGAUCCGAGACACUAUAAGACACCCCACUGUGACAGACUUCAUUGAUAAGAGUCUAGAGGGAACACAGUUCUCCUCCAAGCAUAUCCUCAACUUCCUGUACACUGGACCACCUGGCAAUCGUCCCUAUGACAUGCCCAACUUUGACUGGAGGAACAUCUUCACCCUGGCAGAUCGAGUCCUCCGUACGCUCAACCAGUAUGGGGAGUGUCUGACCCUGGACAAGUUCGUAGGCCACCCGGACGAGGAUCAGAUGACCCACCGGGCCCUGAACCUGCUGGAGGAGAACAAGUUCUGGGCUGGACUCGUCUUUCUGGACAUGCACCCCGGGACCACCGAACUGCCGGCCCACGUCAAGUUCAAGAUCCGCAUGGACAUCGAUGCUGUAGAACGCACAAACAAGAUCAAAGACAGAUACUGGGACCCCGGUCCCAGAGCGGACCCCAUGGACGACCUGCGCUACAUUUGGGGAGGCUUCGCCUACCUGCAGGAUAUGAUUGAGCACGGCAUCAUACGGACGCACACCCGCAGGGACUGGCCGCUGGGCAUCUACCUGCAGCAGAUGCCUUACCCCUGCUAUGUGGAUGACCUGUUCAUGCUGACGCUGAACCGCUGCUUCCCCAUCUUCAUGGUGCUGGCCUGGAUCUACUCGGUCUCCAUGACGGUGAAGAGCAUCGUGCUGGAGAAGGAGCUGAGGCUGAAGGAGACUCUGAAGGCCAUGGGUGUGACCAACGGGGUCAUCUGGGGGGCCUGGUUCAUUGACAGCUUCCUGAUGAUGACUGCCAGCACGGCCCUGCUAACCGCCAUCAUCAUGGGAGGAAAAGUGCUGAACUACAGCAAUCCCAUCAUCCUCUUCCUCUUCCUGCUGACGUUCACCAUUGCAACCAUCAUGCAGUGCUUCCUGAUGAGUGUGUUCUUCAACAAAGCCAACCUGGCGGCUGCCUGCAGCGGGAUCAUUUACUUCACCUUGUACCUGCCGCACAUCCUCUGUUUUGCCUGGCAGGAUCACAUCACCAAGGAUAUGAAGAUCAUGGUGAGCUUGCUGUCCCCAGUUGCGUUUGGCUUUGGGACAGAAUACCUGUCUCGUUAUGAGGAGCAGGGCCUGGGCCUACAAUGGGAUAACAUUCAAACAAGCCCCCUAGAGGGGGACGAGUUCUCCUUCCUCAUCUCCAUACGUAUGAUGGUGUUCGACACCUUCCUCUAUGGCCUCCUCACCUGGUACCUCGAUAACGUAUUUCCUGGCCAGUAUGGAAUUGGGCGGCCUUUUUAUUUCCCCUUCCAGCCCUCAUACUGGUCUAGAUCAGUGCCCUCCCAGGCUGAGGAGCCGGGAUUUGAGAAGCCCGCAUCUGAGAAGGACUUUGCCAGCCUGGGGAAGGCGGAGGAAGAGCGGAGCGGGAAGUCUCCGGCCGGGUCCGGGUCGGACUGCAAACACCAGGACAAGCGCGAGAGAAAGGAGAGGGAGAGAGAGGAGCAGCAGAGGAGGCAGGAGGAGGAGCGGCGGAGAAUACAGGAGGCCCAGCAGUCAGGGAAGCCCUUCUUCGAGCCAGAGCCAACGGGCCUCAAUGUGGGCGUGUCCGUGCAGGAUCUGGUCAAGGUGUUCAGCAGAAACUCCAGUCCAGCGGUGGACGGGCUGAGUAUCAGCUUCUAUGAGGGACAGAUCACCUCCUUCCUGGGUCAAAAUGGGGCAGGAAAGACCACCACCAUGUCCAUCCUGAUUGGUCUGUUCCCUCCCACGUCAGGCACUGCCUACAUUAAUGGGAAGGACAUCCGCACAGACAUGGACACCAUCCGCCAGUCCCUGGGCAUGUGCCCCCAGCACAAUAUUCUGUUCCAUCACCUGACUGUGGCCGAGCACAUCCUCUUCUAUUCACUUCUGAAGGGCAGAACACAGUCUGAAGCCCUGCGGGAGGUGGAGAACAUGCUAGAAGACCUGGGCCUCCCCCACAAGAGGAAUGAUGAGGCACAGACUCUGUCAGGUGGCAUGCAGCGGAAGCUGUCGGUUGCCAUGGCAUUUGUGGGAGGUGCAAAAGUGGUCAUCCUGGAUGAACCCACUUCUGGGGUUGAUCCCUACUCAAGACGGUCAAUCUGGGACCUUCUCCUAAAAUAUCGCUCAGGCCGGACAGUCAUCCUGUCCACCCACCACAUGGACGAGGCCGACCUCCUGAGCGACCGUGUGGCCAUCAUCUCCAAAGGACGCCUGCACUGCUGCGGCUCUCCGCUCUUCCUGAAGAACUACCUGGGGGCGGGCUUCUACCUGACCCUGGUCCGCCGCAUGACGGGCCAGCAGCGCAAAGCCAAGAAGGAGAUGGAGUGCGACUGUGAGUCAGAGUGCUCCUGCCAGUGCUCAAUAUGUACCAAGUACAAAGAAGAUAUCCAGACCCAGACCAAAGCUCCUGACCGACAGAUGGACGGUGACCUGGAAAGCAUCACCACCCUGAUCCACCACCAUGUGCCUGAGGCCCAGCUGAUUGAAACCAUUGGUCAGGAGCUGACCUUCCUGCUGCCCAAUAAGGACUUCAAGCACCGGGCCUACGCCAGCCUGUUCCGAGAGCUGGAGGAGACGCUGGGAGACAUAGGCCUGAGUAGCUUUGGUGUGUCUGACACGUCACUGGAGGAGAUAUUCUUGAAAGUUACUGCUGAUAGAGAGGCAGAAAACACCCCACAACCUUCUGAUGCCUGUGAGCCAAAACAGGCCAACGGACAGAGGAGCCCUGGACCCUCAGACGGCAGGGAGGGUAAGGGCUCCAGGCAGAUCAGAGGCCUCAGCCUGGUCAUCAAGCAGUUCUUUGCCCUGCUCAUCAAGAGGUUCCACCAUGCCACACGCAGCUUCAAGGACUUCCUCGCACAGAUUGUUUUGCCAGCAAAUUUUGUCCUGGUGGCUAUGGUGUUCACUCUAAUCAUCCCUCCUUUCGGGGAAUACCCCAGCCUGACCCUGAGUCCCUGGAUGUACGGACGGCAGUUCACCUUCUUCAGUAAUGAGAGGACUUUGAAUGCAGAGAUGCGCUACUUUGGAGAGGUGCUUCUCAACAAGCCUGGGUUUGGAACCCGCUGUAUGGUGGAGGAACCUCUAGAGGACUUCCCCUGUAAUAACAUCACCACGGCGUGGGAGAUGCCGCUGGUUAACCCGGCGAUCAUGAGCAUGCUGCAGAACCCUGAGUGGACGGCGCUCAACCCCACCCCCAGCUGCCAGUGCAGCACAGGGACCAAACUCACCAUGCUACCAGUGUGCCCAGAUGGAGCGGGAGGGCUCCCCCCACCUCAGAGGAUUCAAUCCACAGGUGAUGUGUUAAUGGACCUCACUGGCAGGAAUAUUUCUGAUUACCUGGUCAAGAGCUACCCCACCAUCAUUAAGUCCAGUUUAAAGAGCAAGUACUGGGUGAAUGAACAAAGGUAUGGAGGUAUCUCUGUUGGAGGGCAACUCCCUGUUCUCGAUGUGGACCCUAGAACCAUUCGGAAUGUUGUGACUGACCUUGGACGUCUACUGAAUAUUACAGGGGGUAGAUACAGCGGGCUUGCUCUAAAGGAAAUAGGACCUUUCCUGAGAUACAUGGAGAGUGAAUAUAAUGUAAAGGUGUGGUACAACAAUAAGGGCUGGCACGCCAUGGUGUCCUUCAUGAACGUGGCCAACAACGCCAUCCUCAGGGCCAACCUGGCUCCGGGCGCCAAUCCUGCGGAGUACGGCAUCACCACCAUCAACCACCCCCUCAACCUGACCAAGGAGCAGCUGUCCGAGGUCACAGUGCUGACCACGUCGGUGGACGCGGUGGUGGCCAUCUGCGUGAUCUUUGCCAUGUCAUUCGUCCCCGCCAGCUUCGUGCUCUACCUGAUCCAGGAGAGGGUCUCCAAGGCCAAGCACCUGCAGUUCGUCAGCGGCGUCAGCCCCCUGGUGUACUGGACGUCCAGUUUCCUCUGGGACAUGAUGAAUUAUUCAAUCAGCACAGCGAUGGUCGUGGGGAUAUUCAUCGGCUUUGAUAAACAGUGCUACACCUCGCCGACCAACCUCCCUGCCCUCGUUGCCCUGCUGUUGCUCUAUGGGUGGUCGGUGACGCCCAUGAUGUACCCGCUGUCGUACGUCUUUAACGUCCCCAGCACGGCCUACGUCUCGCUGUCCUGCAUCAACCUCUUCAUUGGCAUGAACAGCAGUGCCAUCACCUUCAUUCUAGAGCUGUUUGAGAACAACCCGACCCUGCUCAAGUUUAAUGAGUUGUUGAAGAGGGGGCUGCUGAUAUUUCCUCAUUUCUGUUUGGGGCGAGGCCUGAUUGACAUGGCCAUGAACCAGGCGGUGACUGAAGUAUACGCCCGAUUUGGCGAAGAGUACGGCCUUGAUCCGUUUCACUGGGACUUCCUCGGGAAGAACCUGGCUUUCAUGGCUGUGGAAGGCUUUGUGUAUUUCAUCCUCAACCUCCUGAUUCAGUACCGCUUCUUCUUUUAUCACUGGAUUCCGGAAUCCAAGAAGGCCCCUCUCCCAUGUGAGGAUGAAGAUGUUGCCCAGGAGAGGGAGAGGAUCUACAGAGGAGGGAGCAACGUCGACAUCCUCCAGAUCAAAGACCUGUCCAAGACGUACAUGGGUCAGAAGCGGCCAGCUGUGGACAGGAUAUGUGUGGGUGUGCCCUCUGGUGAGUGCUUUGGCCUUCUGGGUGUGAACGGGGCUGGAAAGACAACCACCUUUGAAAUGCUUACGGGUGACACAAAUGUCACUUCUGGGGAUGCCUCGGUUGCUGGCUACAGCAUUCUCACCAACAUCCUGGACGUCCAUCAGAACAUGGGCUACUGCCCCCAGUUUGACGCCAUUGACGACCUGCUGACGGGCCGAGAGCACCUCUACCUCUACGCCCGUCUGCGGGGGGUCCCUGGGUCAGAGAUCAGCAGGGUGGCAGACUGGGCGAUUCAGAAGCUGGGCCUGUCCGAGUAUGCCAAACACAGAGCAGGCACCUACAGCGGUGGCAACAAGCGCAAACUCUCCACUGCCAUCGCCAUGAUAGGCUGCCCGGCUCUAGUGCUGCUGGACGAGCCGACCACAGGGAUGGACCCUCACUCCCGGCGUUUCCUGUGGAACUCCAUCAUGAGCGUGAUUCAGGACGGGAGGGCUGUGGUUCUCACAUCUCACAGCAUGGAGGAGUGUGAGGCCCUCUGUACCCGCCUGGCUAUCAUGGUCAACGGAACCUUCAAGUGUCUCGGCACCACCCAGCACCUCAAAUACAAGUUUGGCGAUGGCUACGUGGUCACCAUGAAAAUCAGGGCAGCGAAACCAGGGGCGGCCCCAGACCUGAACCUGGCCGAGGCGUUCUUGGAGAAAAGCUUCCCGGGCUGCGUGCAGCGGGAGAAACACUACAACACGCUGCAGUACGAGAUCCCCUCCUCCUCUCUCGCGCGCAUCUUCCAGCUGGUCCUGGCCAACAAGGAAAAGCUCAACAUCGAGGACUACUCCGUCUCCCAGACCACACUGGACCAGGUUUUCGUGAACUUCGCCAAACAGCAGUCAGGAGAGGACGACGUCAUUGUUUUACACCCAAGGGCAGCGGGCGGGAGGCGGGAUGUGAAAGUCACUCCAGACAAGUGUCCAGAGAAGGCAAAGUCUCGAUGACUUGCUUUAGGCAGAAGGGCUGAAUGUCAGUGGCUGAUGACAAAUGUUACUGUGCUGUGUUAUUUGUCCGAACUAAAACCCCCUGCAGUUUAACAAC